UAUAAAUAUAAUACAAACCAAGUUGUAGCUAUAAAAGUACUAAAUUUGAAUACUAAAGAAGAUGAUAUUGGAGAUAUUAUAAAAGAAAUAAAUUUGCUUUCAUUACUUAAUAGUGAAUCACAAAAUAUUACUAGAUAUUAUGAAAGUUUCUUUCAUAGUACAAAAUUAUAG